AUGCCCCGCCCCAAAGCCCCCACGUUCGACUUUACACCCACCUCCCUCCCCGCAGACCAUCUCCUCGUCCACCUGGGCCCACCUCAAGGCUCCAACAACUUCUCAUCGGUCGAUACGACGGGCACGCCCCGUCUCGUCGAACUCAGCAGCAAGCUGCGCGGGCGGGGCGCGGUGUUGGUUGCGAGGGGAGACUUUGCUUUUGUGAAGCUCUUUCCGGCUGAUCCAAAGGGCGGGGAAGAGAGGCUGGUGGGUGAGAUCGUGCAGGUAUUGAGUGGGAAGGAGGUUAGGGAUUUCAAGCGGAGUGGAGAAUGGCCCGAAGGAUUCGGUGAUCCCGAGCCCGUGGCGGAGGAAGUACGUCCGGAAGACAGUGCAGACUCCGAGUCUGACGAGGGGGACUAUUACGAGGAGGACGGGGCAGCGGACAGCGAUCAACAAGAGUUGGACUCGGCCACGGCCAAGGAAUCGGCGUAG